AUGUCUGUCCACGCGUCCUGGCUACCAGUACCGCUGCUGGUGUGGGGACUAGUGUGUAGCUCAGUGCGCACUGCCCCGUUCACGGGUAGGCAGACCGACACUCUAGAGCGGCAUUGGGAAACGCUCUACUCUCGCUCACUGGCUCGAAACCCAUGGGAAAAAAGAGAAAUCAACCGGGACGGUGACUAUCUUACAGGCAUCAAAAGACUUCGGCGUCUCUACUGCAAUGUCGGCAUUGGGUUUCAUAUUCAAGUUUUACCAGACGGAAAGAUAACUGGAAUGCAUAACGAAAAUAGAUACAGUAAGUUCAUUUUCAUACUUUUAUUGAACUCAUCAUCUUUGGGCCAACUGUUUGAUCUGCAACCUGUCUGUGCCAUGCGCCAACACUUCAUAUUGUGGGAUCGAGUUGUGUGAAUGGGGACCAUGCCAACUUGAGCAUAAUACUGUGUUUAGAUUAGGCUACUAGUGAAUUGACGUCACAUGGAUGUUAUUAUUAUUGUCCCAUGUGACUACAGUUGAAGGAUGCGAGGUGUGUUUUAGCCAAGAGUGAUGUUUCAUUUCGGCUUCUUUGCAAGGCUUUGAUUAAUGCGCCUCCUUGAACAAUUUUCACAGGUCUUUUUUCAAAUAAAAAGGCUUCGGGACAUGUUUCUGAAAUGUCAAAAGGAAUCAGGGAUGGUACCAGAUCUGAGAGUUUGGCGUCAAUGAUAGGGUAACUUGGGGGAAAACGCCCCAUGGAGGGGGGGUGGUUGCCCCAAACAAAUUGUACUAUUUUAUUAAAAAGUUAUCACCAUUUUUCUCUCUAGCCAAGUGGAUUGUUUAUCUUUAGGCUCCCCUACUGGUAUAUAUAAAACAGUUUAUAGAUCUAACUUCAUUAGGUUAUAUGUAUAACUUUUUCUAAAUCACAAAAUAUUAGAUCAAUGUACAUCAAAAUCGUUUUGUUGGAGUGACUUAAAAAGUUGAGAUGAGACAGAUGAAAUGUUUACUUGAGCAAGACUAGUGGCAUCCAGGGAAAGUGUUGAAAAACAUGUUUGUGGCAUAAAGUGGUUUCUGUGAGAAUUACAGGAGGGGGGCGUUUAACCCCAACCCACCCUAACCGUUGGCUAUCAACAUAUUGGUGUGAGGUUGGGUCAGUUAUUCCCCAUGAUGUAUUAUGGAGAAUAGGCUAGUCAUCAUAAUACAUUAUGGUAUUAUAUCCAGUACUGUAUAAAGUCACGACCCAUUGGAAAAUAUGUAGUAUGUUUCUCUUCCUUCCUCACAAAUGAGUCUUUUUAAAACAAUCCUCAAAUAAAACCACAGAGACAAGACAAGGUUGUUUGUAUCUUGUUUUAUCAUGCAAGCCCAAAGUAGGCAAUUUAAUCCAAAAUCCAACCUGUUACUGGGAACUUCACUGAGAGGAAGUCUAUAUUAUAUUUAGGCUACUUGAUGCUUCAAUUCAUCAUCGAAUAUGAAGGGAGGAAAGCAUCAUUUCCUUGCAGGAUGUUCCAGUAGCAGUUUGAACAUAGACCUAAACAGACCUGUCUACUACAGUUCUCCUUAUCUACUCCAUCUAGUUUUACAACACAAUGGAUUAUAAACAACUUCGUUUUGGUGUAGAUAAGUACAAUGUAAACAUAUCAGUGAUAUUCUUUGUCUAAUUUCAGGUCUCCUUGAGAUAUCACCUGUGGAGAGAGGGGUUGUGACGCUCUUUGGCAUCCGAAGUGGUCUGUUUCUGGCCAUGAACAGCAAAGGGAAGCUCUAUGGAUCUGUAAGUAGACAUGACAUGUUUACUGGGAUGUAUUUCUGGGUCACAACAUACUUCGCUUCAUGAGAGAUCUCCACAGAAAAAUUAUAGUCAAUGUCUUGGCAUGCCUGUACAUGUUUGUAGCUUAUGAACGUCAUAGUACGCUACGCCACAGGUGCAUUCAAUACAAGGUGUAGACAUUUCCUUUCCCUAGAGUCCAUGACAUGUACAGUAGCCAAUAUGGUAUUUAAAAGUAAUGUGGAAUUGGCCAAAAAAUCCCAAGUGUUGAGAUUGACAUGUGUGAUUGGAUUCAUUUGGCCAACAGAGGUUCUACCGCAGCUUCCUUAUAGUCUACUGUACAUUGAAUUAUUUUACCGUAAAUAUUAACCUCUUAUGUCAUCCCUUCUCCAGGGUCAUUACAAUGAUGAGUGCAAGUUCAAGGAGAAUCUCUUGGCAAAUAACUACAAUGCUUACGAGUCAGCAGCUCACCCAGGGAUGUAUAUUGGACUGAGUAAGACUGGCAAAACCAAAAAAGGAAACAGAGUAACACCAGCCAUGACAGUGACACACUUCUUACCAAGGAUCUGA